AGCACGUGCGGUGCAAUGUUCUUUAUUAAAUGUAAUCGGUUCCUUUGGACCAACUGGAAAAGCGGACCGAGUGGUGUGGGCCUGACCAGUUGCAGUCUACUUCGGUUCGGUUCUCAGUUCUGCAAAUAGGGAACCGGUCUUGUAGGUCCGGUUCCCGGUUCUAGGUUGGGAACCGGACCGCCCGGGAACGAUCACCCUAAGGAUAAGCACCAGCAGAGGGAUGGGAAGGGGCCUGCUGUUGCGAAAGAGGCGGCUGGACCGCCCCCCAUGCACCGGGGAUGGGCCCGAAAUCCCCGCAAGGUCACCCGAUCCCACCGACCCCUUUAUCGCAGCCGCAGGACGCGAGAGAGAGAGAGAGAGAGAUAGCCCGGGCGGCGAGGGAGGCGAAGCAUCCGAGGAGGGACUUGAUCAUGGGUUUUUCUUGCGAGGGAUGAUGAGACCAUCUGUUCCGGUUGAGAUCUCGGGUGGAUCUAUCUUGGUGGUUCUCGGGUUGUUUCGUUGCUGUUGCCGGCGUUAGCGGCGGACUUUGAUUUGGCGAGGCGAAGAAGCGACGGUGGGUCUAGGCGGCGGAGGUUGAGCAGGGCAGCAACCCCGAUGGCCAUGGAUCUGCUCGACUCUGAUGUUUAUUUGAGAUUGGUUUGGAUGAUUGUGUUUUACCUUCUCUGCAGCUAACAUAAACAGAUCUGAGAGCGCGCAUCUCUCUCUCCGUCCCUCUCUCUCUCUCUCCCCCCUCUCCAUACGCGACAAGCAUAAAGAGAAUGCGUCCGGCCAGGCGGCGGACGUGAAGCAGGCGAAGUCACGGCCUUCGUCAGCCUCGCCACUUGCCGGCGAGGACCAUGGCACUCUCCGCAGAUCUAGCGCUGCGGCCUUGCUGAACUCUCUCUCUCUCUCUAUAUAUAUGCGGUGCAGCGGCGGCGGCGGCGGCGGCGGCGGCGGCGGCGACGGCAGCAGCAACGAUGGGCCUAGACGAUGGCGAGGGUCGUUGGACCGUCAUCGGUAGAUGGACGGCCCUGCCACCGGCCAAGGGACCUCCUCCUUCCCUGGUCAGCGAAGACCCCAAGACAAGACAAGAUGAGGACGACGGAAAAAACAUCGUAGAUUCCGAGCUUCCGACGGGCGCAUCUUCCAUCUUCCCCUCUCUUUCUCUGCAACUGCAAAGUGUGUCUCGCCCACUGGCCGGGGGGCAUUUCUGCGUGUUCUUCAGAUCCGUGUCCGGGGAGGUGUGAAACCGAGGGGCGAACGUUUCCCAGCAAAUCUUCGGAGACCAGAUCACGCGCCGUUCCUUCUCCCCCAGAUGAGUCAACUCCCCAGAUCCAGCAAGCCUCUAUAUGGAUUUACCGUUGCUGCCUUCAUCUUUCACUUCGCUUUAGCCGUGGGAGCGAUAGCAGUACACUGGAGAACAACUUAAUCUCCCAUCCGUUUGAUCUUCGUGCCGAGGCUGAAAAGAGUCAAGCUUUUCGACCCGCUCCUCCUCGCGCGCCAGGGCUCCGUCCCGAGACCGGUCGUCGGAGGCCUCUUUUUUAGUGCUUUGACUCCUCGCAAGCCAAGGGCUUUAAAGGGUUUAGCUCCCAGGUGCCAUUUCCCAUCAGAUACAAGUCCAUCAGUGCAUCAUCAGCUUUGAGGCAAGCCAUGACUGAACAUAACGAUAGUGGGAUCGAGCAGAUUCAACUGCUCGAUGGGUGUGAGGAUUCAUAUGGAGGAGUCAGGGUGGAGAUCAAGGAGGAUAUGGAUGCUGAUGUCAUGAAAGCUGAUGUCUUUGCCUCUUUGCUCCGGGCUUCAAUAUCAAGCUGGAAACAACAGGGGAAGAAGGGAGUGUGGAUCAAAUUGCCCAUUAAAUGUUCACAUCUUGUUGACAUUAUAGUGAAGGAAGAUUUUAGGUAUCAUCAUGCUGAACCAACUUACUUGAUGCUUGUCCGCUGGCUUCCUGAGACCUCCGAUACCCCCGAUACUAUUCCUAUGAAUGCUUCACAUAGGGUGGGCGUUGGUGCUUUCGUCUUGAAUGAUAAAAAAGAGGUGCUUGUAGUCCAAGAACAUAGUGGAAGGUUCCAAGGUACGGGUGAAUGGAAACUCCCCACAGGAGUUGUGAAUGAGGGUGAGGAUAUAUGUCAUGCGGUUGUCAGGGAAGUAAAGGAAGAGACCGGAGUAGACACUAAAUUUGUCGAAGUCCUCUGUUUCAGACAAAGCCACAAAUCAUUCUUCACAAAGUCGGAUUUGUUCUUCCUUUGCGUGCUUCGGCCAGAAUCAUCUGCUAUCAAUAAACAGGAUGUGGAGAUCGAGGCAGCCCAGUGGAUGCCAAUUGAGGAGUACGCAGCACAACAUUUCGUUAUUGACAACAAGCAAAAAUUUUUCAUGGCGAAGAUAUGCUUGGCGAAGGCUGAUCAUGGCUACCCUGGUUUCAGUGCUCGGGAAACAACUACUGGGCGCGGCAAAAAGACUUACAUCUACUGCAAUAACCCUGAAAUUGUGGAGAACUUUGCAAGUUCGAAGUAAUUACUGCCUGGGUUGUGAUGCGGAAUUCUUUCCUUAGACCCAGGCCCACUGGACCGUGUUGAUCCCCACCACUGAUUUUGUGAACCCCACGUUAGCCCACAUGUAGGUCCCACAAAAUCAAAGGUUAGGAUGGACUCAGUCCAGUGGAUCUGGGACUAGGGCAAGAAUUUUUGCUUCUUGUGUUAUGGAUGCACUGAUUAAAUUGAAAAAUACACCUUCAUUUUGUGUCGUUUUGUAAUAGCGUAUGUCAAAUUCUGUUUACAUAGUCUAGUUUCAAUUGAUGGUUUCUAGAUGCAGAAUCAUUUCUAAUAUCGUGAUUUCUAAAGGUUUAAAUGCAAUCUGUGUAAACGAUAUUUUAUGUGGCCAUGUAUAUGAAAUUGUCACUGGAAGUUUUAAUUCAUUAUAGUUGUGAUUUA